GACACCAAAGGAGAACACUCUGAAAGCCGAGUACUUUUCGCUGCUGUCAUCGCUCUUUCUGUCAUCGUGUUUUUCUCUCUUAUUGUGAAUGGUAUCCUGAUAUGGCGGUUAAGACGAGCCGAGCCUAACAAUAGAACAACCAUAGUAAAUAGUGGUAUCCCUGUCCCACCUGGUGUUCAUCAAGCGUCAGAACCUGGUGUUUAUAUGGAGCUGCAACCCAGGCUUUCUGACGGGCAGUCACGUGAACCACCUGAAUACCAGUCACUGGACGACAGACGAGUGACCCAAGAUUACUACAAUAUGGGAGUUCCGGAAGGAAGCUUGGACGAGAGGGGAGUAGUUUAUGAAAAUUUGGAGUAA